AACAUGGCGAUAUGUCUGAGGCUUUGCGUAUAAGCCACUGAGAGGAAAAUGGAUAUCGAUUCAAAUCACAUUAACAUAGUUUGGUGAUACUAUCUCUGAUUCCAUAUCUUACUUCAAUCACUGACACUUUGGAGGUGGUCAGAACUAUAACCUCAUAUAUAUAUAUAUAUAUGAGAGUGUUAUUGCUUAUAAGAGGAUGUUACAGGAUUCUAGAGGUGUGGAUCUAUGAAGACGUUAUAGGAUUUCGGAAGGUGUGACAGGAUAAAAUAUGGCAGACAAUAACAGUCUUUCCGUGAAGUUAAGAAAGGAAGGCAAUGAUGUGUACACCUCUGUACGGGACGGCCUGUGCGUCUCGAUCAAAUUUUCGAGGUUUAGUAGUGCAGCAGAUAGCUACCGUAGGGCGUUUGAUGCGGCAAAGGGUGACGAAGAGAGUGUACCAGCUGCCAAAAAUGCAGCCAUGACCUUCUGGAGAAUAGCAGAAACUGAAACUGAAAUGGAUACCAAACCUGAUAGAGUUGCACGCAAUUAUAAAGAGGCAUUUAAGUAUUUCUCCUAUGCUUACAGGCAUGGUAUUUCGUGCAAACCCAGCGAUUGGAUCACCAAGCUGCUCUCGUCAAUUGAUGAAUGUUGGUCGGAAUUCAGUUUUUUCAUGAACGAGCACGCUUCUCUAGAAGAUAGGAUCGAUCAUUAUUACAAUGUUCUUGAGACGGUUGAAAUAGAUUAUAUACGCGGGAACUUUUAUCUAAAUCUUGCAAGGUUCCAUUUCCGGAGUGGCGUAACAGCCAUUCAGAAUGGACGCUAUCAACGUGGGUUGUCCGAAAUGAGAAACUGUUCUAUGCCGAUACACGAAGCUAGGAAACAUUGUUUAGAUGUCAACAAUGUAGGUCUGGAGUGUAAUAUUUUAGAGGAUGACGUCAUCAUGCAUCAGUGUACUGCCGAUGCCAUGCAAGCAAUAGAUGUGGGUGACAAAUUGUUCAGGAAAAUAAUGAAAGACGAAGAGAACAUUAACAUGGACAUCGUCUGGGACGUCGUGGAUUGGUAUAAAUCUGCUGUUCUGCGCACGCGCGAGAGGACAGAAAUGGAACAGGAAGCCAUAGCAACAAGUCGACUAGGCAAACUAUAUGAUAAGGUGCUGAAGAUGAAGGACAAGGCCCAUGAAUAUGUGAUGAAGUCUGUGCAACUGGCACAUAGCAUGCAUCCUCGAACAUUCACAUCGGAGGACUGGUUUAAAGAAGCCUCUAAAAUUUUGAAAAAGUAUCAAGAUGAAAAGGCAGCAGAGGAGGACAAAGAAUGGAAGAAACAAAGAGAAGAGGUUAAGAAGAAAAUGACUGAACAACUGGAAAGUCUCUACAAAGCUGAGAAAAAGGGAGACCUAGAACUUCUCGAAUACUUAUACAAGAACUUUCCACCGAAGAACCCUCUUCACAAGGAAGUCUUUGUUAUGCCGACAGAUCCAAAAGAAUUAAAGGAACUAGAUCUUGAGAAGAAGAAGAAGCUCUACCAACAUGCCGUGGUAAACUACCAUCCGGACAGGGCGAAUGUGAAGGAGCAUGGGACUCAGUGGAAGGUUCUGACCGAGGAAAUCACCAAGAUCCUGAAUUGUCGGUAUAACCGCCAGAAGGCGUUAUAAUUGGCAUAUAUAUUGGUGGAGGCAACGCAAACAUAUCUGUACCAAGACUUGAACAAAAAUUAGGGAGCAUUCAAGAAGAAAUCUAACUUGAUACAAAGGCAGAAUUCUCAAAUAUCUAAAUAUAGUGUAAAUGUUACUUGUUUCUUUGAUGCAUAGAGCUUAUUUGUACUGGGUUUUUUUGGGUUUUUUUUUUAAGUUGUCUUCAAUUCAGAUUUAUUCGUAAAUCAUUCAGGUAUGGAUACCAAAAAAUAAUGUUUUCAGUGAAGAGUAAACAAUGUUAUAAAAUCAACGGUAAAUUACCAUACAAGAUAGUACAUUUCUAGUAGAUAUUACUCAAUAACUAUAAUACAGUGACUCUAUAUAACAUACAAUAUGUCACAAAUACUUGACUUUGAUAGUGACAGUGACGUAAUUUUGUGCAUAUUAGUUAAUGUAGAGUUUGUGUCCUUUUCCUUAAUGACCCUGGCUGUUAAUAGGACGUUAAACAAAACAAACCAAACAAACCAAAGUUUCCUUUUCAUAACUUAAAACUGAAAUGUUUCCAUUAUUAAAAUUGUAUUUUCCUAAGCACAACGUGAAAUAUAUCGCGUGUCUGUAAAGAUCAGGUCUGCGACUACAGUAGGACAGGCUGGCCAUGGGCAAUUUUUUUGUUAAGUAAAUAACUUUAUUAUGAUAUGCAUAAAAAAAGAAAAAAGAAAUGUACACUAUAAUUGGUAUAUUCAGUGUGAAGUAGUACAUACAGGCUUCACAUUUGUUAAAACAAAAAUUAAUAAAUUGAUUCCGGAUUUUAAAUUUCCGGAUUUGCCGAAGGUGUGUUUAAGCAGGAAAUUUAGUUUUGCCUACAGCGAAAUAUGGAAGCCCACAGAAGAGGUAAGAUAGCAGGAAAACUUA